AUGGAUCGCUUCAGUGAGAUCUCGGUCUCGUCGGAGGCCUCGCUGCAGAUCGUGAGGAGCCACUUUGAGCAGAUCAGUGGCAGUCAGUGGGUGAUGUUGUCCAGAGGCAUGUGCGACUUGGAGACCAGGCGUAUUCUGACCGCCAUGUUUAUCUCGUUGGUCCAAACGCUGUCCGCCAACGUCUUGGGUCUGAUUGUUCCGAAACACGAAGUGAACAACAGGUUCCUGAGUGAGAACGAGGCGACCCGAGCUCACGGAUCGAUCGUCACUGUGCUGCAGGACACCAUGGGGCAAGUGUUCUCUCAGGCUCUGAAUCUGCCCACGGACUCGUUGGACAAACACCAGGACUCGCAGGAGCUCACCACCCUGAUCGAGCAGGAGGUGUCCGCGAAGGUGAACCGUGUCCUUUCUGAGGAGCAGGAGGAGGGCCCUGUGAUGGUGGACGCCCUCAUCAGCAGCGAGAGUGUGGCUCGCAGCAUGAUCGAGAAGGGAAACUCCUGCCUCAAGAGGUGCCUUCGCGCUGACACAAACAAGUCAGAAUCUUCGGAAAGUGGGCCGUGCCGCUGUAGCUUCCUCAGAUUCGCCAAAAAGAAUUUCCGAAGCAUGCAGGAAAAUCUGGAGGCAGAACUUCUGGUUGAAGAGUUAGAGCCAGAGACGAGGAGUUUGUCGAAGGGGUCGAGCUGUGGGAGUAACCCAGACCUGGGAAAAACUCCGGGUUAUGCUUUGAGGACUCCAGAGGUUAGUUUUGAGCAGUUUCAACCUCAACUAGAGGAGUUGUUUCGACAGUUAGAUCUCCCGACAAGUCCUGACACAGAAACAAGUCGAGUUAGACUGGCCCAGGCCUUGGAUAGUGAGGAAACCACAAUCUUUGUUCAGAAUCUGACAGACACAAUGUACUGUCACUUUCAUAUCCUAAAGGGACUUGUGUCACAGAACAAGGAGCUAAUGAGUGAGUUCCAGAACCAAGAGCCCGAGCCGAUAUACACACGGAAAAUAAGGGUAAGCUGUAAGCUCAGGCACUAUGACUGGCAGCAGACAUACGCCACGGUGCAGACCGAGGUAUCAAAUUACCUUCAAAGCCUCCAGGAUUACAUAGCGCAAGACCCAUUGGAGAAGUUCUACCGCCAGGAUCUGUUUGAGUUGUGCAUGGAAAAGCCGCCUCUGUCGCCCAACUCCCAGCAGGCCCUGACAUAUAAUGUGUCCAUUCCUUCUCAAGGGUUGGUCCCCGUCCAGGUGGAAUUUCAACAACUGUCAGGGCAGUCUUUCAACAGCCAGAAACACGACCUGUUCGAGAGGUCUAUGGUGCACCCCAGAGCCUGUGUGCCAUCGCGGAUCUCUAGAGACGUUCCGGCGAUCGUCUUACGCACACCAGAGGUCAGCACCAGGAGUAUCUCAGGCAUCUCUGAGAAUUCUUUUAGAAGUCAGAAGUACGACCUGUUCGAGAGGUCCAUGGUGCCUCCCAAAGUAGAGCUGCCUUCUUUCAUCUCUGAGGACGUCCCGGCGGUUGUCCUGAAAACCCCAGAGGGCAUGAGAAGAAUCAGUGACAGAGACUUGUCCGAGGGCCAGUCCAUGACUCUAGGCCUGAUAGAGGCUUUGAUGAUUGAGACGUUCAGGGGAAAGGCAGCUUUGCGUCCGUGGGACCAAAAAUACAAAGUGAUCCGCGACCGUUUGACAGAAAUAGCCUGGGAGGAGAUCCAGCUUUCUGAACAACAGGCAAAGAAAACGGAAAAGAGAAUGAGUAAAAUCAUUGCCGCGAUUGUGAAAGACCUCAAAUCCCAUUACGGCACGGCACAGAGAAUGUUGGAAAGUGCUUUGGACGGAAAAGACCGGACCUUUGAGAAAACGGUUCUGAAGUCCCUGCAGUACCACCUUGAGCACAACCUGCGGAAGAAGAAGUCUUUUCUGAGCCGCUUGUUCAGAGGUCUCUGUAAGCCCUUCCAAUGCUGCUGCUGCCCCACCACUGAAGAGCUCCACAUUGGUAAGGGCGUGCAACUGGAGUGUAAAGGUGAAGGUGACGUGUGGGUGCGGUGUCUGAGCGACCACGCGGUGUUCGUGCAGAGUUAUUAUUUGGACCGAGAGGCGGGACGUGCCCCGGGAGACGCCGUCCACAAGAUCUACCCCAGCGCCUACAUCAAGGUAUUUGACCUGCGUCAGUGCCACAGACAGAUGCAGCAGCAGGCAGCCACUGCUCAGGCAGCUGCGGCUGCGCAGGCGGCAGCUGUGGCUGGAAACAUCCCAGGACCAGGAUCAGUGGGAGGCAUCGCUCCAGCCAUCAGUCUGUCGGCGGCGGCAGGCAUCGGCGUGGACGACCUGCGGCGCCUGUGUAUCCUGAGGAUGAGUUUCGUUAAAGGCUGGGGCCCGGAUUAUCCUCGACAGAGCAUCAAAGAGACGCCAUGUUGGAUCGAGAUCCAUCUGCACCGAGCUCUGCAGCUGUUGGACGAGGUCCUGCACACCAUGCCCAUCGCCGACCCCCAGCCCCUGGACUGA